AUGGCCCAGAUCCAACCCCACUACGGCGGCGCCGGCCACCACCAGAAGCCGCAGCUGUCCCACCAGGUCGCAAAGACGACCACCGCCGUCACUCUCGGCGGGUCCCUGAUGGUCCUCUCCGGCCUGACCUUGGCGGCCACCAUCAUCGGCCUCGUCCUCGCCACCCCACUGCUCGUCAUAUUCAGCCCCGUCCUAGUCCCCGCCGCCGUGACCCUGUUCCUGAUCCUCGCCGGAUUCGUGACCUCCGGCGGGUUUGGGGCCACGGCCAGCUUCGUGUUUUACUGGAUGUACAAAUACGCCACGGGGAAGCACCCAAUUGGGGCGGACCAGCUGGACCGCGCGCGGGAGAAGUUCGGCCAGGCGGCCCACGAAGUCAGGGAGAAGGCCGAGCAGUAUGGAGGGCAGCAUGUUGGAGGCGGCGGAGGCGCCGCCAGGGGGACUUGA